AUGAAAUCAUCUAAGUCUUUUCAUGACAAAUUUCACAACUAUGGCCAAAGGGAAACCUAUCCCAAUCUAUUAAUCAAAGGUUUACCUUUUAUUGUCACUCUAUUGAUAAUCACCAUUUUGAGCUUCUUCUUCCUUUAUUCUCCAAACCCUUUAUCCAUUAUUCCUAAUCAAGAUCUUGAAAUCAUUCAAAAACAAUCUCAAAAUGAUGAAUAUCAUCAUGCCAAAACCUUUGUGCCUAAUCAAGAACAUGACACCAUUGAAGAACAUCAACAUGUUUCACCAUCCAAAUUACACAAAGAGAAGAAAACAUGUGACAUUUUUAAGGGUCAUUGGAUUAGAGGAUUAAGAGGGUCAUCAUACUAUACAAAUUCAAGUUGCCCUACAAUUCCUGAUAGCAAAAAUUGUUUCAAGCAUGGAAGAAUGGAUAGUGAUUUUCUGAAUUGGAAAUGGAAACCUGAAAAAUGUGAUCUUCCAAUGUUUGAUCCAAAAAUAUUUCUCAACAUUGUUCGUGGCAAGAAAAUGGCUUUCAUUGGUGAUUCUGUGGCUAGAAAUCAUAUGGAUUCUCUUCUCUGUCUCUUGUCACAGGAAGAAACUCCAAUAGAUAUAUACAAGGACUCGGAAGAUAAAUUUAGGACAUAUCAUUUUCCUAAAAAUGGCUUCACUCUCAUGAUACUAUGGAGUAGAUUUCUUAUAGAAGGUGAAGAAAGAAUUGUGAAUGGAACAGGAUCAGGUACUUUUGACUUGCAAAUGGAUAAAGUAGAUGAAGAUUGGGCUAAAGUAAUACCUGAAUUGGACUACGCUAUAAUUUCAGGUGGCCAUUGGUUUUUCAGAUUAAUGUUUUUACAUGAAGCUGGAAAGUUAUUAGGUUGCAUUUAUUGUAGUGAAAAAAAUGUCAAAAAUUAUGACAUAGAUUUUCCACUAAGGUUAGCGUUUAAAACAUCGUUGAAAUACAUCAACAAUUGCAAAGAUUGUAGGAAAGGGAAAUUAUUCACAAUUAUGAGGACAUUUGCACCCGCUCAUUUUGAAAAUGGAAUUUGGAACACUGGAGGAUAUUGCAAUAGGACAGGUCCUAUAAAUGAAGGGGAAAUUGAUUUGAAUAGAUUUGAAUUGAAUUUAAGGAAUAUUCAAAUGGAAGAGUUUAAAGAGGUUAAGAAUAAUAACAGAGGGAAAACUAGAUUUGAGAUUUUGGAUGUGACAAAUGCAAUGAUGAUGAGACCAGAUGGACAUCCUGGUGAACAUUGGGGAAAUAAAUGGAUGAAAGGUUAUAAUGAUUGUACUCAUUGGUGUUUGCCAGGUGCCAUUGAUGUUUGGAAUGAGUUUUUCUUAGCUGUUCUUCAAAGGGAGGAUGAUAAACAAAGACGACGAUGA